CCCUUCAUUUCCAGGGAGCAAAAAUGGUGGAAUUCUUCUGAACAGAGCAGACUCAGAGCAAUGGGAAAGAACACAACCCAAUUGUUGUUGUUCUUCUUCUUCUUCCUUUGCUAUGGCAUUGUUUCUGUUUCUUCUAAUGGGGUUUUGAGUGAUGAAGUUUCGGCUUUGUUGUCAUUAAAAUCGAGUUUGAAUGAUUCGUUGAAUAGUCUCAAUGAUUGGAAGUUUCCGGCGACUGCAGCGGAGCAUUCAGUUCACUGCAACUGGACUGGAGUGUCCUGUAACUCCGCCGGUGCUGUUGAAAAGCUUGAUCUUUCACGUAUGAAUCUCAGCGGUCGCAUUUCCGGUGAUAUCCAGAAUCUGAAAAGCCUUAGUUUUCUCAAUCUCUGCUGCAAUCAGUUCUCUACGUUUCUUCCCAUAUCAAUAGCCAAUCUCACUUCGCUACAAUUCAUCGAUGUGAGUCAGAAUUUUUUCACCGGUAUCUUGCCGAUUGGUUUUGGGAGAGCUUCCAACUUAACUCUGCUGAAUGCUUCCAGCAAUAGCUUCACUGGGUUUAUCCCAGAGGAUCUCGGCAAUGCAACGUCGUUGCAUACUCUGGACCUCAGGGGAAGUUUACUCCACGGUUCGAUUCCGAAGUCGCUCGGAAACUUGCAGAAGCUGAAGUUCCUGGGUCUUUCCGGAAAUAAUCUGACCGGUGAAAUUCCGGGGGAGCUCGGGCAGCUUUCGUCGCUAGAGACCAUGAUUAUUGGGUACAAUGAGUUUGAAAGUGAAAUUCCGAGGGAGUUCGGUAAUCUUAGCAGCUUGAAGUACCUUGAUAUGACGACCGGAAAUCUGAGUGGCGAGAUUCCGGGGGAACUGGGGAAGCUCAAGGUGUUGGAAACGGCUUUUCUGUAUGGGAACAAUUUUGAAGGAAAGAUUCCACCGUCAAUCGGCAACCUUACGUCGUUGCAGGUGUUGGAUCUCUCCGACAACGUGUUGACCAGUGAGAUACCGGCAGAGAUUUCCGAGCUGAAGAACUUGCAGAUAUUAAAUUUAAUGUGCAACAAUUUAUCCGGCUCUGUUCCAGUCGGACUGGCAGGAUUGACCCAGUUGAAGGAGCUUAAGCUAUGGAAUAAUUCUUUGUCAGGCACUCUGCCCAGCGAUCUGGGCAAGAAUUCGCCAUUGCAGCGGUUGGACGUAUCGUCCAAUUCAUUUUCCGGUGUGAUUCCGGCGACAUUGUGCAACGGGGGCAAUCUUACCAAGCUCAUUCUGUUCAACAAUGCCUUCUCGGGUCCAAUUCCGGUCAGCUUAUCGACUUGCCUCUCACUUGUCCGUGUACGGAUGCAGGACAAUCUUCUCACGGGACCAAUUCCGGUGGGGUUGGGUCGACUCGAAAAGCUGGAAAGGUUAGAAUUGGCCAAUAACAGUCUUACUGGAGAAAUCCCAGAUGAUAUUGCUUCUUCUUCAUCACUUUCUUUCAUUGAUCUUUCUCAGAAUCAUCUCCGAUCUUCUCUUCCGUCCACGAUCCUUUCAAUUCCUAAUCUUCAAACAUUCAUUGCUUCAAAUAACUAUUUAGUUGGAGAAAUACCAGAUCAAUUUCAAGAUUGCCCUGCUCUUUCUCAGCUUGAUCUGUCCUCAAAUCAUUUAAACGGGGUAAUUCCGGCGAGCAUUGCUUCCUGUGAGAAAUUGGUCACUCUGAACCUGAAGAACAACCGAUUAACCGGAGAAAUUCCUAAAUCAAUCGCAAUGAUGUCCUCAUUGGCCGUUCUUGAUUUAUCCAAUAACUCCCUUACGGGUGGAAUACCGGAGAAUAUCGGAUCUUCCCCGGCAUUGGAGGUGCUCAAUGUCUCGUAUAACAAGUUGCAGGGUCUUGUUCCGGCAAAUGGGGUUCUUAGAACGAUAAACCCAGAUGAUCUGGUCGGCAACACCGGCCUCUGCGGAGGCGUCCUCCCCCCGUGCGGCAGAUAUUCGUUGAAUUCAUCAAAACAGAGGAUCAUGCGUGAGAAGCACAUCAUCGGCCUAUGGUUCAUCGGAAUCUCAUCGGUUCUAGCUGCCGGAAUCCUAAUUAUGGGCGGUUGGAUACUUUUCAAGAACUGGUAUUCAAACCGCAGUUGCUUCGAAGAACGGUUCGAAACCGGAAACGGCGAGUGGCCGUGGAGACUGAUGGCGUUCCAGAGACUCGGUUUUACGGCAGCUGACAUCCUCGCCUGCAUCAAAGAAUCAAACAUGAUCGGAAUGGGAGCAACCGGCGUCGUAUACAAAGCCGAAAUGCAGCAGAAAAGCACCGUUGUGGCCGUUAAAAAGCUCUGGAGAUCGGGGACUGAUUUGGAAACCGGAAACAGCGGGGAUUUCAUCGGAGAGGUGAAUCUCCUAGGAAAGCUACGGCAUCGGAACAUCGUCCGAUUACUGGGGUUUCUCCAUAACAAUUCCAGCAUGAUGAUAGUAUACGAGUUCAUGCAAAAUGGCAGCCUCGGAGAAGCCUUGCAUGGCAAACAGGCGGGAAGAUUGCUGGUGGAUUGGGUUUCCAGGUACAACAUUGCGGUGGGAGUUGCUCAUGGACUUGCUUAUCUCCACCAUGAUUGCCACCCUCCGGUCAUCCACCGUGACAUCAAGUCCAACAACAUUCUGCUUGAUGCAAACCUUGAGGCAAGGAUUGCGGAUUUCGGGUUGGCAAGGAUGAUGGUGAGGAAGAAUGAAACAGUUUCUAUGGUGGCAGGUUCCUAUGGUUACAUUGCUCCUGAGUAUGGUUACACCUUGAAGGUGGAUGAGAAGAUAGAUAUUUACAGCUUCGGAGUGGUUCUGCUGGAGCUUCUCACCGGGAAGAAGCCAUUGGAUCCAGAGUUUGGAGAAUCAGUAGAUAUAGUUGAAUGGAUUCGGAGGAAGAUUAGAGACAACGUAGGUUUGGAAGGGGCGUUAGAUCCUAAUGUAGGAAACUGUAAACAUGUUCAGGAAGAGAUGCUUUUAGUCCUUAGGAUAGCACUGCUCUGCACGGCCAAGCUCCCGAGGGACAGACCUUCAAUGAGGGAUGUCAUCACAAUGCUUGGAGAGGCAAAGCCUAGGAGAAAAAGCAGCAGCAGCAGCGACGUCGCCAGUGACAGCCAUGCAGCUAACAGGGAGAAGCCAGUGUUUAACACUUCACCUGUAAAUGGCCUUGUAUAGGAACAGAACAGAGUUCCCUUUCUAGGCCCUUCAAUUCUGUUCAAUUCUAAUUCUUAUUUUGUAUGUAGUUUUUGUAAUCAAUGUUUCAUUCAUAUUUAUGUCCAGAAAUUUUUGAAACCAGAUCAUGAAUGUCCAUUUCCUUUGCAAAUAAUUAAGUUGUAAUUUG